AUGGGCACCAUCUCUCUGGCCGUUUCGGUCCCUAAGGGCCUCGUGCAAAGUACCGCCGACUGGUGCCAAGGCCUCGGUCCUGGUGCCUUUGAUACCGCGCCCAACUUCACUCUUGCCGCUUACGACACUUCGGGCAGCAAUGCGAACACGACUGGUGUCCCUCUCGUGCUCACCGAGACAUCGCUCGACAGCGACACUGCCUACAUGGCGAUCGCGACCUACGCAACCCAGCCCGACAACACGUUCGCGGCGUUCUCGCUUAGCCAGGGUGUUUUGUCGCCUAAUGUCAACGCAACUGGCGUGAACGUCACCGACCUGAGCGUCAACUCCGGUGACGCGCCCUCGUUCGUGGCGAGUGAAACCAGCGUGCCGGCGCCCGCGCAGGUGUACUGCGGUGUUGCUGACACCGAUCCCCACGGUGGUAACCCGUACCCGAUCCUUUCUGUCAACAAGGACACCGACUCGUUCUCCCUUUGCAAGUCCACCAGCGGGGACUCCAACGGACAGGAUAUCGUUGUUUUCGAGGCGGCCCAGGGCAGCUCCGACUACGACUUCAGCACUUGCACUCCUGUCCAUGUCCAGCUCAUCGGCCUCGAUUGA